AUCUAGUCAAAAAAAUCUUGCAAAUAAUCUGAAAGCAUCUAAGUUCAUCUCCCCCUCCUCCUGCUCUUUCAAACAGAAACAAUGCCAUUUUCCAUUUCAAAAUGCCUUUGAACUUCUGAUAAAUGCAGACUGACAACUCUCGAGGCCACAGCAGAGGGGAAAUCCUUGCUCUCGAAGCCCAGCUGGCUGCCCUGACCGAAGGAGUGUCCCUGACUGCUGUUUGCCAUGCUGAGGAAGUUGACAAGGAAGAGACUUCUUUUUGGUCCCACUAAAUACUUGUUUGUAGUGCUUGUUUUCUCCCUCGUCACCUUCUCGGUCUUAAGGAUUCACCAAAAGCCUGAGUUUGUAAGCGUCAGACACCUGGAGCUGCUUGAGGAGAACCCUAGUAGUCAUAUUAACUGCACCAAAGUGUUGCAGGGUGAUGUUGAGGAAAUCCAGAAGGCGAAACUGGAGACGGUGACGGUGAAAUUCAGGAAGCGCCCUCGGUGGACCCCAGACGACUACGUCAACAUGACCAGUGACUGCACUGCUUUCAUCAAGAGGCGCAGAUAUAUUGUGGAGCCGCUAAGUAAAGAAGAGGCGGAGUACCCCAUAGCUUAUUCUAUUGUGGUUCAUCACAAAAUCGAAAUGCUUGACCGGCUCUUGAGGGCCAUCUACAUGCCUCAGAAUUUCUAUUGCAUUCACGUGGACAAAAAGUCAGAGGAAUCCUUUCUAGCUGCGGUCAUGGGCCUGGCGUCCUGUUUCAGUAAUGUCUUCGUGGCCAGUCAGCUGGAGACUGUGGUCUAUGCCUCGUGGAGUCGGGUUCAGGCCGACCUCAACUGCAUGAAGGACCUCUACAAGAUGAACGCGGACUGGAAGUACUUGAUCAACCUUUGCGGUAUGGAUUUCCCUAUUAAAACCAACCUGGAAAUAAUCCGGAAGCUCAAGUCAUUAAUGGGAGAAAACAACCUGGAAACCGAGAGGAUGCCAGCCAAUAAGGAAGAGAGGUGGAAAAAGCGUUAUAUCAUCGUGAACGGAAAGCUCACAAACACAGGCACCGCCAAGGCGCGCCCUCCCCUCCAAACUCCUAUUUUCUCGGGCAGUGCCUACUUUGUGGUCAGUAGGGAGUAUGUGAGGUACGUGCUGGAGAAUGAAAGCAUCCAGAAGUUUAUGGAGUGGGCACAGGACACCUACAGCCCGGAUGAGUAUCUCUGGGCCACUAUCCAGAGGAUCCCAGAAGUGCCGGGCUCUCUGUCCUUGAGCCACAAGUAUGACUUGUCCGACAUGCGCGCGGUUGCGAGGUUUGUCAAGUGGCAGUACUUUGAAGGUGAUGUUUCCAAGGGCGCGCCCUACCCGCCCUGCAAUGGGGUCCACGUGCGCUCCGUGUGCGUGUUUGGAGCUGGCGACUUGAACUGGAUGCUGCGCAAGCACCACUUGUUUGCCAACAAGUUUGACAUAGAUGUCGACCCCUUUGCCAUCCAGUGUUUGGAUGAGCACCUGAGGCAUAAAGCCCUGGAGACCUUAAAACACUGACCUUUGGAGGCCACUGGAGGGAUAUUAAGAAGAAUGCACAAAAUGUACCCCGUCCACUUUCUCUGCCUUGCCAACAAGUGUCAGAAAAUCUGUGUGGUGUCCUCCCUGGGGAGGCGACUCUUAAGUCUUCAUGUCAGGGAAGCCACAUGGUUUCUGCAGAGCACAAUGGGUGAGAGAGGCUAGAGCAUUAAGUGUGUACCUGGAGUUCAAGUGGGAGGGCGCGGCGGCCAGGAGGCCAGGGCAGGUGGCCAGGUGUUACAGAGGGGGCCAGGGUGGCCGAUGCAAAACCAGCCUGCUAAAAGCUCAGGGACUUCACAAAAUGAUAUUUGACUUGUGCCAAAACUAACUCAAGAAUUUUACAAAUGACAAUUUCUUGAUGUGAAUAAAUGUACAGCAGCAAUCAUGAUACAGUUCAUUGUCCAUGUUUUAUUUGUUGAAAUAGAAAUUUGAUUUUAUUCUAAAUGUUCCUUUAUGGAAAUAGUUUAUUUUCUGCUGUGAUACUGUGUUGUGUAGUGUGUCUCUGUAUGUCAUCUCAGGGAGCUUAAAAUGGACUUGUUUAAUGUUAAUAUUCCUGGUUUAUUUUUGCUUAUA